CACGGGGUACACARCCCAGCCGCCACGACACUCACGCGUCUUCGAACGACGACGACGACAAGCGCCAGAACGACGUCAAGUGCCAGAACAACGCGUGCAAUCGCCUAAGCCACACGGACAGCGACACAAUAACUACUACGAUAGAACAUUUGUGUUUGUGUUUUUUUUCGCAGUUUUUAGUUACCGCGUCUUCGAUUACCGGUGCCCGUUGAGCCACUCCGAGCCCCAUAAGUGUCCUCGAGACUUCGCCGCACGAAUUUUUCGCAAACAACAAAUUUGACGGUUUUCCGACACAUCGCUCUCCAUAUCAUUCACACUCUCUCUACCUAUCUCUCACUAUUUUUCCUCUAUCUCACCAUCGCAUCCACACUGCUGUGGAGUAAAACAGUAUAGUGAUAUACUAUUUUUUAUCKUCYGACGACAUAUUAUUAUAUUAUAAUCUGCACAGUCGUCUUAUAGCACAUCGAAGACGAUCGUCGCAUACUCGCCAUCAUGAUGACGUUGACUCCACGGUUUCUGGUAGCCAUGCUAUUGCUUUGGGUGGUUACCGUUGCGGUACAGUCCCGACCCGCCACCGACUCCGAAGAAGAGGAAAUAGAUGAGUCAGAAGAAUCUCCCGAACCAAGGGUCAUGAUGGUUCCGACACGCCAGCUCUCCGAUCCGAAUUCGACGUUCAGCCGGAUGCUUAACAGUCAGCUUCUUAAAAUGUCCGAACGAGAUCUAAAGGCCCUGGAAACGGGACUGGCCGGAACCAAAACCGAACCCGAACCUAGUGAUGUCCAUGACAUGAUGAUGGGAGACAUGCCGUCUGCAGACGCUGCAGAUGAUCCGCAGGACUCKUCGUCACCGGCUACCAUAUAUGGACGAGGAACGGUGAUGCCGGACGAUUACACUGACGAAAUUUUGCACAGAGAAAGAGACAAAAAUCUCAGAAUCCAAACCAUUCACAAUCAGAUGAUCAACUUUAUGGGGAGGAGUAACCAAGUGCUCUCGCCGAGCCCAAUAAUGAAAACGGAUCCAAAAUCAAUAAUACCUAUUCAACAAAGAGAUGCCAUAAGAAUAUUUUACGACAACUUGAAUAACUUUCCGACUUAUCCUUCCGACACGUUUACUGAGAAAACGCAAAGCUUUUAUCCUACCUGUGACGUGCCUAAGCACACAAAUGAAGAGGUCUGGAACACAAAGGAGUCAAUGAAUUUAAUGUUCAAUAUUAGUUUACCCAAGUCGUAUAAGGGUAUCACAGUCAACGUAAAUAUGGCUAGACUCAGGCUGUACAAACAAUUCGUAUCUUGUUAUUCGCAAUCGAGUAAUGAGACCGAUGAUUCUCAGCCAUGUCAGCCGACAUUAUUUGUAGAAACCAUGAAGCAAUCCAACACUAAUUUGUCUACAGCCGGUGUAGUACCGAUAAUAAUGGACGAGACACAAAUUCGUGUAUCUAUUUACAUGUACACCAGAUCACUUAAAAGAAAGAGAGUAAAGAGRAAGUUAUUGGACAGCCGCAUGGUGCCAUAUUAUAGCGAGAAAUGGACGGAAUGGAACAUUCGUAAUGCAGUAAAAGCUUGGCAUAGGAACCCAGUCCGUAAUUACGGAAUCAGUGUUGAAGUUGAAGACGAAGAUGGCAACUUGCUUCCAGUCACCAGAUUUUUCAGACCCAUGAAUUGUUCUGGAGACGCACAAAUGAUGACCCCAAAGCCAGUGCCCGGUUUCCUGAUGGAGGCGGUGCACAACGGUUACGGCGUACCGGUUCGCAACCCGACCAACAACACAAACUCGGUUGACGCGCUMGCGCUCAGCUUCAACAUGCACCUCUAUCCGAUAUUGGACGUUACCACGGUCGAGGUACCGGACUCGGAGGCAAACAACGCUCUGCUUUAUCAGUACGCAAAGAACGCGUUCGAACAGGUGGGUGGCAAAGUCGCGGGUACGGCGCCCUACUUGCCGGCGGGACAGGAAGACCAGGCCGCUGAGUUGCAGCACCGGAUCAGGCACGGUAGCCGGCAGCACCGGAACAAUGGAACCGUGCCUGGAAGUCUGUCUAGAKACGGACACGAGCUCCGCGAUCAGAUCAUUCCACAAGGGAUAGUCCAACGGAACUUGCAGUACAAGUCGACGACCACCGAGAUUCCGGACUAAUGGGAGCGGUGCCGGGCAACGAUCAACCGCGGACACGCCAAAUCUUAAUACCUAUAUUAUACGUGUGCACAGGUUGUUUCUAAAACAUCGUAUUUAAGCUCGUUGGCGUAAAAUGAAUCAGGAAAGGAGGGUGGCUUGCUUGGAUAAACUUUAUCCACACYUCCGACCAAGCAAUAUUAUUUAACAGCAAUCUUAAUAUCCUUGCGUAUAAUUUAAGCGAUUUGAGUUUUUAUAUUUUGUUAAUUUAAUCUCAUGGUUUAUUAUAAGCGUAUUUAUUUUAAUAUAUAUUAUUUAUUUAAAAUUAAAUGUACAUAUCUACCCCACAAUAGCCGGAUAACAUAUUUUUCGGUCUACAAUUGAAAAGUUCACCCUGUAUAUGCAUGUCUAAUAUAAUAUAAUAUAAGCCCAGUAAUAUAGUAUGCUACGUUCGACGUCACUUUUUUGCGUGCACAAACAAUUUUUAUUGAUAUAACAAAACAUCGAUAGAGCCGCUGGGAGAUCACAACUUCACUAGUAUAAGUAACACGUCUUUGAACCGUGUCCGUUUUACUUAGGUCCUUACAAGAUACGCACACUCUCAGAUUUCUUUAAUGACAUGUAUGUGCACUUCAAAUCCAAUUGUAAUUUUUUUUUAUGUUAUAUUUAUUAUUAUAUUGUUGAGGUGGAGGGACAUAAUAUUAUAUAAUAAUGUAUAUGUACAUGCGUAUAGUGUGUCGAUUGACAGAUAUAUUUAGUAUAUAACUUUAAUUUAUAUUAUUAUUAUUAUUAUUAUUAUUAUUAUUACUAUUAAUUAUUUUAAUAUUUAUUGUACUAACACUACGUAAAAUGUUCCUAUAGUUUUUAUAAUUAGCGACGACCAAUCUAAAAUGUCAGAUGUGUCUUUGGCCGUAGCCAUUCUACAUYGACACAUCACUUACCUACACUUACCUAUUUCAUCCGUUACAAACGCGAUCAUCGGUGAAAUAAACUCAUCUCAAUAUUUUUUUUUCACAUAAAUACAAUGACAAUAAUUACAGUAUGUUAUCAGUACCCGAACCAUGGUCAGCAUUUUUGUUAAUUCGUGCCUAGAUCGUACACACUAUUCGUUAGAACGGUAUACCAACUUCCUACGUAUUAUAUAUAUUAUUAUAUUAUUUUAUUCGAGUUUUAGUAAUUUAUUACAUUUUGUUGAAAUAUUAAUUUAU